AUGCCGCCAGAAUCCAAAAGUAUAUGCAUCUCCUGCACCUCUUGCACCAACACAAAAAACAAAUGUCAAAAUAUUCUAACGCAAGUAAUUCUCUCCCUUGAGAACGCAUCGGAGGUAUAUCGGAAAAUAGUUCCGUUUGUGAGGAGAUCUCAUGCGAGGCAUUUAUUGGGUGAUGAUGUGUAUGCGGUGGAUGGACUGUUGAGGAGGGCACUGGAGAGAUUGUAUGAGGUUGAUUUUACUUCUCAGGAUGGGUUGGAUGGAUUGGGGGAGUUGGUGGGGGGAAAUGGGAGUGCGGGGUUGGAGGAUUUACCGCUUUUUAGGAGGGUGGGAGAUGAGAAGGAGAGUAGUGAUGGAUUGGAUGAAGAAUUGAAGGGGGAUGCCAGAACGAGAUUUCCGACUUUGAAACUUGAUGCUGGAUUUUCGGAUAUGAAGGUUUCGUUCGUGGAUUCAGCGGUGGAGGUUAGGAGCCCGGGGAUUAUUCAGGAAGUCCUUUUGGAUGACGAUGUUAUGGUUAUGAUGGAUGUUGAUGCAAAAAUGUGCAUGGAAUUAUCAUCUGUGCCGACUUAUAUCACUCCUGAGUUUCCCUACCUGCUGAAGGCCAUUCGAUUAUGGUUGGAGGAAUUCUUUUACCCUAAAGACGAUCUUUUAGGUAUUCCGAAGGGGAUCGUUAAGCAACUCGCUGGUUUUGAGAUGGAUUUUGGGUUGGAGAGAUUACCAACAACUAGCUGUAUAUGGAACCCCGAUUACCAAAGACAGCGAGAAGAGGUAUGGACGAUAAUGUCCUUUUGGGGACCCAAUCAACGAUCAAAAUGUGUAUGCGGAUCGGGAGGACCUGAGGAAGAGCUUCUGGAUCAUUGGAAAGAUCCUCAUUGUCCUUACAAUAUGCCGACCGAUUUGGACUCACCGUUAGUGAAGUAUACAUGGAAUGACUCGACACAACGGUGGACAUAUCACAGAGGACCUGGACCAAGAAUUAGUGGACCGCCGCCUCCUCCUUCACCCAACUUUUCAAGACAUAACGAUAAUGCAUCUGAUGCUCCCGGGUCAGAUACAGAUUCAGAGGCCGGAGAACGACCUCCAGCGAAAAUUCAAAAAUCUAAGCAGGAGAGAGCAGAAGACGCGGAAAAGGCUUGGGAAGAUAUCAUGUGUAUGACCGGUUUGAAGGGAGUCAAAGAGCAUGUGCGAAAGUUGAAAGCCAAGGUUGAGAACUCGAUUCGGCAGAAUAUUGAUUUGAAAGAGGAGAGGUUCGGUGCAGUUUUCAUGGGUAACUCAGGUACCGGAAAGACUACCAUGGCUAGGAUUUAUGCCAAAUACCUAUAUUCUAUGGGAGUUAUUCAACAGGACAAGGUUAUCGAGACAACAGGUACCUAUCUUUCUGAUGGAGGCAUCGAUAGAUUAAAAGAGUAUGUUGAACGGUUAUCUGGUGGCGGCGUGAUGUUCAUCGAUGAUGCAAUGUCCCUGGACGAUUAUAACAACGGCACCAAGAUUUUCAAUUUUCUUCUUCAAAAAAUCGACCAGAAAAAAGGAUCUGUAGUUUUCAUUCUUGCUGGACACGAAAAAGGAAUGCGUAAACUGCUAGGCCAUGGAACGAAGAGUGUCGCCAGUUUACUCCCAAAUGUUCUUACAUUCGACGAUUUUUCGGAACCCGAAUUACUCGAAAUCCUGAGUUCAUGUAUUAAGAAGAAGUUCGAUGGGAAGAUGGAGGUUGAGGGUGGAUAUGAUGGACUUUACAUGCGAAUUGCAGCGAAGAGGGUGAGUAGGACGAGAGGUGGCUCCCAAUUUGGAAAUGCCAGAGCUGCGGAGAACCUCGUUGGCCAAAUUUGGGAGAGACAAUCUGCUAGAUUGUCUAAGGUUCGGAAAGAGAGAACCACCAAAGCCGCGGAAGACGAAGCUGCAAAAGAAAAAAUCGACGAAGAGAAGACUGUAGAGAAGAGCAUUGUUGGCGAAGAGACUGCUAGAGACGAAGAGCAGGAGAACCCUCAAGCAGAAGGAAAGCCUGACACGGAACAAAGCUCCAAGAUAGAAAACUGUACGGGUCAGGAAAUCGAGGAUAAAGACCAACAUAUCAAAAUAGAGGUGGCAGCCAACAUAAGCGUUGUGGUUGCGGAAGGGGAUACCGAUAUAUCCAAAGAUGAGAAGACGAUCAUAGGCGAGGAGACUACAAAAGAAACAGCAAAACCUUUACGCGAGAAAUCGUCAUUGGACGAACAUACUAUGCCGGAAGUGUUGGAACUCCCAGCCCAGGACAGCUUGUUGAAUGAGCCAAGAACGAAGGAAGAAUCCAUUCUGUUAGUCGUUUCCGAUCCAACAGAGCCAUCAGAAAUCAGUACAGAGUCAAAUGCCGUGGAGGGGGUAGAAUCGGAAGAGCCUAAGCGAGAAGAGAAUACUAGCCCAUUAGCCAAAGAGGUGACGGUGACGGAGGGACCAACACCGAAAGGGGAGAUUUCUCCACUAUAUACGAAACCUGAUGAGCAUCUCGAAGUAACAUACGAGGGCCCUACGGAUGCCGGAAAUCGCACUGGGAACCAAGCUGAAGGGGAUGAUAAACCUAACGAAGACAAAUUGUCCGAUGAAGCACAAGAAUCAUCCGAGAAAGAUUCCAAUUCAGAUUCGGACACUGAAGAAACGCCAGUACCAGACCCAGAAGACUUCUUAUUUACAAAAGAAGAUAUACUCGGCCCGGAUCCUUCUACUGCGAUUCUAGAGAGCGAGGCUUGGCAAGAACUUCAGAAGCUCAUCGGUUUGGAAAAGGUCAAGACCUCUCUACUUACACUCCUCGAACUUGUCAAAGCAAACUACCAACGAGAGCUCGAAGAAAAACCGUUGCAUCAAUUCACCUUGAAUCGUCUAUUCAUGGGUCCAGCUGGAACUGGCAAGACUGUAGUUGCGAAGUUGUAUGCCAAGAUUCUCGGAGAGAUUGGUGUCCUCUCGAAGGGCGAGGUCAUUUUCCGGAAUCCGAGUGAUCUUAUCGGACAAUACAUCGGAGAUUCGGAAGCUAAUACCAAGGCUGCGCUCAAUGCCGCGAGAGGUAAUGUGCUGGUGAUUGAUGAGGCAUACAUGAUGUAUAGUGGGAACUCGGAUGGCACCGGGAACGACAGCGAUUCAUACAGACAAGGAGUUAUUGAUACUCUCGUUGCCGAAGUGCAAGGUAAUCCCGGCGAUGAUCGAUGCGUUCUGUUACUAGGAUAUAAGGAGCCGAUGCUGGAGAUGUUAAAUCACUCGAAUCCUGGGCUGAGUCGAAGGUUCCCUGUCGGAAAUGCAUUUUGGUUCGAAAACUUUUCUAUAGAUGAAUUAAAGAAAAUACUUCGCUCUAAAUUAGAGUCCCAGGUUCUUGAAGCCACGGAAGAAGCCAUCAAGGUUGCUAUGGAUGUCCUUCAGAAAGCCAGCACCAGAUUAAAUUUUGGCAAUGGCGGAGAAGUGGAGAACUUGAUUGCUACUGCGAGAAGCAACUACCAAACGCGAAUGUCGGAAAUUCCUGUGGAAGAAAGGUCUGGCAUGUGGGUAUUUCUGCCUGAGGAUUUCGACCCAGAAUAUGAUAGGGGCAGAUCGGCACAUGCCAACCUUCAAAAACUAUUCGGCGACGUUAUUGGGUGUGAGAAUAUCGUGAAGCAGUUGGGACAAUAUCAGAACGUCUGUCAAGCCAUGAAAUCGAGAGACAUAGACCCAAGAAAGUAUAUCCCGACGAAUUUCGUCUUCAAAGGACCUCCUGGGACGGGUAAGACGACGACAGCACGAAAAUUCGCAAAGGUGUACUAUGACAUGGGAUUUCUAUCCGACGAAACAGUAAUCGAAUGCUCGGCCAGCGACCUCGUUGGCAAAUACGUGGGACACUCGGGACCGAAAACAGCCAAAGUUCUGGAGAAAGCUCUGGGAAAAGUGUUGUUCAUCGAUGAAGCGUACCGUCUAGCACCCCACAGUGAAAGCUACAGUUUCACAUCUGAAGUAGUAUCCGAGCUCGUUGAUCUCCUCACCAAACCCAAGUUCCAUGGAAAUUUGAUAGUAAUCCUCGCGGGUUACGAAGACGAAAUAAACUCGCUACUGGCAGCAAAUCCUGGCCUUGCAUCACGUUUUCCCGACGAACUAAAUUUCCCAGCUCUGAAGCCUCUCCAUUGUUUGCAGAUUUUGGAGAUGAAAUUAGAGCUUGCAGGAAUCACAAUUCCUAUUCUGAAGCAGACCCAACAGAGAGAAUAUGAACAGUUAUUGCGAUCGAUGACGCUUUUGACAGCGACGCAUGGCUGGGGCAAUGCUAGGGAUGUAGAAACAUUGGCGAAAGCGAUUUGCAGAACUGUGUUUUUGGAGAUGGUGGGAGACGGGGAACUGCGGAAACCUCGACAAAAGAUAUCGGGAGUCGAAUUGGAUCGUGAGACCGUGACAUGGGAGUUCUCUUGGCGAGCACAAACGUUGGCUCGAAACCAAAGGGAGAACGAACACGAGCAUAUUUUCCCAAGAAAACGGAGGAUUAAAUGUGAUGAGAAGAAGCCGGCUUGUGCAAAAUGUAUAGCUUCCGGCUUCGAAUGUGCUGGGUACAUAGUAGAGAUGUCUCAGUAUGGUGUCAAUCGCAGGAUUGCUGCCCAGAAUCGACCCUACGUACAAGCAGAGGUCGGUUGUGCUGCGAUGAAUCCUACCACGAUGCCACUUAAAGGUCGAUCCCCUAUCAUUCCCACUUCACUAGCUUUCUCAUCUUCGGAGGCCACUCGGAUGAAUAUACAAGUGCUGCAGCCGAGAAGCACAAUCGUUGAGACCGAACAAGAAUACCGGUACUUCUGCUUCUUCCGAGAAAAUACAACAAGAAGGCUAUGUGGAUUUUUUGAUUCGAAGAUAUGGAGUCACCUAAUGUUGCAAGCAGGCGAGCAGGAACAGCCAAUUCGUCAUGCUGCGGUUGCCAUCGGAGCGCUCGAUAUGAUAUUGCAUACGGAAGAGGAAAUAUCAUGCUCCCCCAUUGCAAACUCAACUAUCGAGGAACAUCACGUCUUUGCCCUCAGACAAUAUGAUAAAGCGGUCAAAUCGAUGAAGGCAGAUAUCGCCCAACGAGGCCAAUCCUCAAGAACAGCUUUGCUAUUUUGUUUGCUCAUUGUCUGCUUCGAGAACAUAUACGGAACGCAAUCAUUUGCCACCGCACAUAUCAGAGCCGGUAUCCGUUUGAUCGAAGCAUAUCAUCAUGAGCACGCAUCUAGAAGCGAUAUAUCCCAGGCGAAGAAGAAGGAAAAGCACAAUGCGUUGGCAGAUCCUGUCACAUUUGGAAUAUCUUCUCCAGUCCCAAGUGACAUAGAGGAUGAGAUAUACCAAAUAUUUGGCUCACUUGAAAUAGCUUCAUUGAGCUUCAAUGCAGAUGGUCGGGGCAUGGCAUAUCACAUGUUAGCUAAGAAUUCCGGGUCCUCGUGUGUGGAAAACAUGCCUCCAGAGUUCGUGUCACUUCCGGAAGCAAAAGCUUAUUGGGAUCUCAUCAUGCGUCGUCUCCUGCAUCUUUUGCCCACAUUGAAUGCAGCGCAAGCUACAAUGCGUGCUUAUGAGGAUCAUGAUGAGACACCCACUGUUAAUACGAAAUCUUCGUCGGCUGCAAUUGAAGAGCAACAUAGGUAUCUCACCGAACUGAUUUCCUGGAACAAGGCUUUUAUUCCAGUUUUCCAAAGAUGCUACCUCUUCCCCAACAGUAAAGAUUUCGCAGGCGCCACCAUACUGAGAUUACGUUGGAUUCUCUGCCGGAUCGCAAUAUCCUCGGCUCUAAAUUCUUCGCAAGUUGCUCUUGACAAUUAUCUAGAUGAUUUUCGCCAAGUCCUCACUUCAGCCAAAAGUUUGAUGUCUCAUCCUGCAUGGACAGGAAAAUUCACGUUCGACUCCGGAAUCAUCGGUCAGAUAUAUAUCGUUGCACUCAAAUGUCGAGACUUCCCGAUCCGAUCAGAAGCCAUCUCGUUAUUGUUGUCGAAGUCAUGGCGUGAAGGAGUAUGGGACAGCGCAUUGGCUGGUAAUAUAGCCAAAGCGGUUGUGGAAUUGGAAGAGGAAGGGCGCGAGUCUGGAUAUAUACCUGAAAGCAAGAGAGUAUAUCAGACCUCUAUGCGCUUCGAUCUGCAACAGCGAACUGGAACUGUGAAAUGCUUUAAAAAUUCUAGGCUUCGAUCGGACAGUGACGAAUCCGUAUAUGAUAGUAUAUAUGCGAGGACGGUUCAUUGGGGUUUAAGAGCGUCGCGCUCUAAAACUUUUGCCAUUUUGGAGGUUGAGGUUGAGGUGGAUGUGGAAGUUAUUUUUGUGGGGCUUAGGAGAUUAUGGAGGGAAGGAGGAGUGGAGGACGGGACUGGAGGACUGGAGUGGAGAGGAGCGGGUGAAUUUCUGAUAAUAGUCGGCUCUUCAUGGAGCGGCCGUCUGGAACCUAUGAGUCUAAAAUAUCUAUUGUACUGGUUGGUAUUCACCAAGGUUCCAAUACUGUUGUAUUUGACAGGCAGAUACUGGGAUGUCAUCAUCAAAUGUCAAGAUAGAGAAUUCAAAGUUCAUCGAGCAAUUGUUCUUUCUCAAUCGAGGCCACUUGCUGCGGCUAUCGACCAUGGUUUCAAGGUAAUUGGAGCACAAUGCGACGCUAAGCGUUUUGUUCAUGCUGACACCAAAGUUCAGGAAGCUACCACUGGUGAGAUCAAUCUCGAGGACGAUGAACCAGAGAUUGUCGAAUUCAUGAUUAAGUUUCUUUAUAAUGGCACCUACAUAGUACUCGCACCAAAGAAGAACGAGCUUACGUCGGAAGAGAGUACGACAUCUGCGAAGCCAGAUGGAACACCUAGUACUAGGGAUUCAGCUUCGACAUUCGGCGCGUUGUUUCAACCCAGUAUGUUAUUCAGCGCCCCAGUCAAUAUGAAUGCUACUACCAACGCUUCUGCCCAAUUUCCUGGAUUUACCUCGCAGCCUGCAGCGCCAAUGCCUGCGUAUGACCCGUUUCCAUUUCCAAGCUCAGACAGUUCCUUCAUGUUUGCAACCUCACCAAGAUAUAUAAACCACAGGAAUGCCAGCUUUGCAGCGGCAACUGGGGAAACAUUCAAUAUGUUUUGCGGAGCUACAAAUACAACAUCAACGACGAAUACAUCCAGCCCGGUUGCUCCUACCACAACUUCUGCAUCCACAACUGGUUCCACAGCAAUACCAUCCAACACGGCAUUUGGUUCAGUUCCUGCUGCGACAUCAACAUCAAAUUUGUUUGGCGACCAACUAAAUUCUGUGAGUGUAAAUCAAAUACCUACACGGGCUACUUUGCCAGACACUUCAGCGACAUCUGCUAACAUUUGGAUGAAGGCUCAGAUAGCUUCCGGUAAUUCUAGAUCUGAUUAUCUCUUUGAAAAUAAUACAGGCACUGAUCUACCUUGCAACGUAGAGCUUCUCGCGCAGGAUUUGAUCAAGCAUGCAAAGGUCUACAUCAUUGCCGAAAAAUAUGACAUUCAACCACUGAAGAACCUUGCUCGUCACAUGUAUUCAUCUAGUCUGAUCACAUGCUGGAACUCUUCUUCUUUUGUGGAGAGUAUCGAACUUAUAUUUGAAGGUACGCCGGAUAUCUUUGGAGGCGAUAGUCUUCGCAACGUAGCUUUGGACGUCGUUAGCAAGCAUGUACGCCAGCUUCUGAAGAGGUAUGAGCUUCCACCAACUCACCGACGUAAUAUUUCUUCUGAUUCAGCAGCCAUGGGUAUACAUGAAAUCGCAGAGUCCCAAGCCCGACUGAAAUCAGGAGAAAACCACGACAUUGAAUUAAGAUUUAGCCACAGAGUCCUCACUGCACACAGCGCAAUCAUACUACCUCGCUCCGAGAUCCUCGCAAAUAGAAGCGACCCAAAAUGGAGUCUCACGACAGAGAAUCGAAGGCAAUUCGAUAUGACCGAUGAGGACCCACUAAUAGUAGAAGCGGUCCUUCUGUACCUCUAUUCUUCCAAUUACAACGAUGACCCUGACGGUACUUACUCCAACUCAAGCACACCUGGUCAUACACCACGCGCUCCCCAAGGACCCCAAUCGCAGCAUUACUUUCAUCCCUCCACCAACCUUGGCGACUCGCGGCUACUUUUUAACACAAAAGUAUACAUCUUCGCCUACAAAUACAAGAUCGACACGCUGCAUGUCUUAGCCGUCGAUAAGUUCAGCACCAUUGCAAAUCAGGCCUCACCACCCAUAUUCCCGAGCAUCGACAUGCUCGAUAUACCCCCCGCAUUUAUUCAAGCCGGCCACUAUCUCUGCGAAAACAUGACAGACCCGAUGGUUCGACAGGCUGACAUGCUCUGGAGGAUCAUGAAGAGGAUCACGUUUAUAAAUUAUGGCAUCUUGAAAAAUUGGGAGAUGGAGGUACGCGGAGGCGGGCAGAAUCUUCUGGGAUAG